AUGUCUACAUUUCCACCAGAGCUUGUUGAGAUAGUCGUAUAUGAAGCCUGGCACUCUGAUAUGCCAUCCUCGAUCCGAACUAGGUUCAUGACUACUUGCCCCCUUGUAAACCGAACGUGGAAAGCGGUCUAUGCCCCCAUUGCUUCUCAAGAUAUCUAUAUCACCAACCUUGCAUACAUAUACUACCUAUGCAAGAUAGCCCGGCUCCGAACAUCUAUCAUCUACCAUGACUUCAUCCCCCGGCUUUCCCGUACCAUUACCUGCUUCGUCCACCUCGGAGACAGAACAAAGGAAGCAGCGGUGAAAAGAGUGUAUGACUGUCUCAUCAACCUACCCAAUGACGUUGGCUUUAAAAAUCUCUUUCCACUCGUUCCGUACAUUUCUUUCGAGCUCGGUUGGAUCAGUUAUGGGCAGAAAUUGCAGUCCUGUGGUAUUCCCAUUUACAUCCGAGUCUAUUUCCACCGGUACCUGUCUAUCAACAAAGAUGCAUGCUACGAGGUCGAGAGACGAGUGGACUUUGGUAUUUCCAUGACAGACUCGGACCCUUUGCGGCGUGUCGACCCCUUGACCCGGACGGAUAUAGAGAAAUUGAGGAAAAUCUAUGUCAUUGGGGGCGUGCCAUGGUUCCUGUUUACAGUGACAUUGAAGGCUGAUCGUUGGAUGACACUUGAUGGCAUCCGCGCCUUCCGUCGAACGAUAGAGAUAUACCCGCAUCGAGGGGAUAUUAAAGAUAUUAAUUGGCGCUUGUGGAUGGCUUCAAAAGGGCGACGUAGUACGUGGGUAGAGCCUCUGCUUUCUGCGUGGAUCUAA